AUGAAAGAAUUUGACAUUAUAGUAUUUGGAGGCACUGGUUACACUGGGGUUCAUGUUGUAAGAGAGCUGUUUCUCACAUCUGAGAAGGAGGGAUUGUCAUGGGCCUUGGCUGGCCGGUCAGAUCAGAAAAUGAGGAGAGUUCUACAGGAUGUAGCCGGAGAAACAGGUGUAACUGAUUACUCUCAAGUGGGUGUUAUUAUAGCUAACGUGGACGAUUUGGACUCUAUAGAACAGAUUACUACCUUUGGGGACGCCAAGUGGUGGAGGGAUGUCUAGCCGGUAAUACUCACUAUCUGGACAUAAGUGGGGAGCCACUCUUCAUGGAACAGAUGGAAGCUGAUUACCAUGACAAAGCUGCCGAGUUAGGUUUAGUGAUAGUCAGCGCGUGUGGGUUCGACAGUGUUCCGGCUGAUAUC